ACAGCACACAAUUAUUAUUAUCUGUUUGUUUUAUUGAAUGAUGAUUUAUAUUUUCUAUUUGAAGCAGAAUGCUUGGAUCCCUGCAGAAAAGGGCAGAUGAGUCACAAGCAAGAAUAUUUUCAUCUUGCAGUGGACAGAAAGAGACUGGGUUGUUUAUUUUAUUGAUAGGUGUUCCUAUCCUGGGGAGUUGGCACUUAUUUUUUUCUUCCAAUGACUUAUGCCUCUUCCUGUCCUCCUGCCCAGGAUGACCCUCCGUAUAAUGAAGGGGCAUUCAGGGUUGAGAUCAGCUUUCCAUGCGAGUACCCCCUCAAGCCUCCCAAGGUGACAUUCAAGACGAAGAUCUACCACCCCAAUGUGGAUGAGAUGGGCAAGGUGUGCCUGCCAAUCAUCAGUGAUGCGAACUGGAAACCCCAAAUAAAAACAGACCAAGUGAUCCAGGCACUCAUAGUACUGGUGAAUAACCCUGAACUGGACCAUCCAUUGCGUCCUGACUUGGCCAAGGAAUUCACCAUGGACCACACAACCUUCUUGGCUAAAGCAGAGGAACACACCCGCAAAUUCAGUGAGCGGCGGCCAAGUGAAUAAUCCCCUUGUCCCAACCCAUGUGUGCUAAUCUCUCUGCCUGCUUGUUUCGGUUGUUGGCUGGAGAGACAUCCAUGUAUGCACACUAGGUGAGUUGGGAGUACAGCAGCUGCUUCCAUAAGUGUGGAUUGACCAAGGAGCACAGAUGAAGGGAAGCUGGAUUGCUCUUACUUGGAAAGGGAGAGUCUUAUUCCAUACCUGAGGGGGAAAAGGCCUGGGCCCUGAACGGAAGACAUAGGACUCGGAUUCUUCAUCCUUGGAUGUGUACGAAUUGAUGCUUGCUAUGAUACCAACCUAUGUGGUCUUGGGCA